AAAAGAAACUAAAGGAAUUGAAGAGAAAGGAAGGGAUAGAAGAGGAAAGGAAGGAAAAGAGGGAGGAGGAAAGCUAGAGAGGAAAAGGGAGGUAUAGAAGAGGAAAAGGAAGAAAAAGAGGAGAAGAGAAAGAGAGGAAAGGUGGCGAAGUGACGGGAAGAAGAGAGAGAAAGGAUGGCAGAUAAGAGUGGGAAGAGAGAAGAGAAACAAGGGGGGAAGUCUAGCUUCUCGGUCACAUGUAGCCGGCUGAGCCAGUACUUGAAGGAGAAUGGCAGCUUUGGAGGCAUCAGCCUCAGCAUCACCCCUCGGCCUCUUGAACAAGCUAAAGGAAUAAUUCUGGCGCCCACCACCAUGAGCCUGAUGCCGGGAGUUGCUAUGUCGGCAGAAGACCAUUCCCAAAAUGGCUCCGACCAAAAUCCUCCAAAAUCUAUGGACCUUUUUCCCCAGCACGCCGGCUUUGACUCCCCUGUUGCCCCGGCUAAGAAGGAAUCUAGCGUGGCUUCGCAUAAUAACAAGGAGCCAGAGAAGAAUCAAUUGACAAUUUUCUACAGUGGAAAAGUGUUGGUUUUCGACAAUUUUCCGGCAGAAAAAGUUGAGGAUUUGAUGCAGAUGGCAGGCAAGGAGAGCUUGGUUCCUGAGAAUUUGGGUUUUAUCACCCCUUCUACAACUACUGCAGCAACAGUUGAUCUUUCUCAUCAACAUAGAUCUAAUAUUGCAUCCACCUCGGAUAGCCAACCUUUGAUGCUUCAAAAUAGCAUACCAAAGCCUACACAAGCCAAUGCCUCAGAUAUGCCCAUAGCAAGAAGGAAUUCCCUCCAUAGAUUUCUUGAGAAGAGAAAGGAUCGGAUUACCACCAAAGCGCCAUACCAAGUGAAUGCUUCUUCUUCGGUGGCAGCAGAAGCGGCCAAGCCAGAGGAUAGCAAGUCCUGGCUUAAUUUGGGUCGACCAGUUUCAAAGCCAGAGCAGAGCUCUAACUUGGAGGGUAAAAGAUAGGAGAUAUGGUUCAAAUGUCUGAAGCCAAGUACCAUCUGACUUCAAUUCAGUCCUUGCUCUGUUGCCUUCCACUUUAGAAAAAGGGGUUGGAGAUGACGAAAAGGGAUGGUUGCACUGAGUGAAGUCUGUUACCUGCUAAUGUUUGGGAGCAAGUUUAAGGGCAAGGGUGAUUUUUAUGUAGAAAUAAAUUGAUGACUGCAAUAGAGAGAGAAAUGAAAAAGAAAUUGAUGAUGACAAUCAUAUGUAAAAAAUAUUUGUUUUCAGUUUAAAUCUAUGUUUUAACCAAUAGUUUCUUUAA